UCUUCUCUCUCUCACCUGUAGUCCCUCACUCCCUUGAGAUCUUUCUCUCCUAGCAAUUUCCUCUGUUCCCUGCCUUUUGUUUUGGUUUCUUUCUAGCUUCUAGAUAUUCAGUUUGUGUUUGUGAUCUUUCUUUCUUUCCUUGCUAUACUUGCAUUAAUGGCUGUUUCUGGUUUUGAAGGCUUUGAGAAGCGCCUGGAGCUUCAUUUCUUCGGUGAUGAUCCUGUGGUGGAUAAUAUGGGCCUUAGGCUUCUUGAUUUUGAGUCGUUAGUGAAAGUUUUAAAUGCUGUGCAAUGUACUGUUGUAUCUGCUGUUGGGAAUCACUAUUUUGAUGCCUACGUGUUAUCAGAAUCAAGCCUCUUUGUCUACCCCACCAAGAUUAUCAUCAAGACAUGUGGGACCACCCAACUCCUCAAAUCCAUCCGUCCAUUGUUACACUAUGCUUGCAAUCUCGGCCUCACUUUGUGCUCCUGUAGGUACACCAGAGGCAGCUUUAUCUUCCCCAAGUCACAGCCCUUUCCUCACACCAGCUUCAAAGAAGAAGUCAUUUACCUUGAAGAGAACCUCCCUUCCAAUCUUUGUUUUAGAAAAGCCUCUGUUAUGCCCUCUAAAAAGACUUCUCAUUCGUGGCAUGUCUUCACUGCUAGUGACCAAAAUCAUAUAAUAUCCCAAAACGAUGAUCUCUACACUGUAGAGGUGUGUAUGACUGAACUCGACCGUGUCUUGGCUCGCAAGUUCUUUCAACCUCCUGGAGAUGGCAAGGACGGUGAUGUAGCUGGAAAAGAGAUGACGAAACUUACCGGUAUAGAUGAUAUCAAUCCAGCAGCUAUCAUUUGUGAUUUUGCAUUUGACCCUUGUGGAUACUCCAUGAAUGGGAUUGAUAAUGAUCGUUACUCUACCAUUCAUGUCACUCCAGAGGAUGGUUACAGCUAUGCAAGUUUUGAGUGUGUUGGGUCCAUUUUUGACGAUAAUGAUGACAUAUCUGAGACUUUAAAGAAGGUGGUGCAGGUUUUCCGGCCAGCAACCAUGUCAGUCUCUACUACAUGCACGAGCCACGAAGUUUGGACACGAAUUGCCCACGCGGUGGAGCCACUUGGAAUGAAAUGCAGAAGUUGCGCGAUGGAUGAGUUUCCAGACAGCGGAAGUGUGGUGUUUCAAACGUUCACAGUCCGCCGGAAGUAAACAGGAAAAAAUGGGUUGGUAGAUAUGUUGAGGGGAGGGUUAGGCGUUUAGAGAUGAGUAGAAAAAUUUUUACUAGGGCGGAUGAUGGAGGGGAAGUGAUUACGUGGAGAGAAAUGAUUGGUUAAUUGGGGAGGGGGGGGGUGGUUUCAUGAAUGUUGGUUUGACUUGUGUAGAAAGAUAAAAGUGGGGAAGAUUUAGAGAUGAGAGGAUGAUGUGGAAGUAGAGAGUGAGCAUUUGGGAUCUAUCUUUCAUGAUAAUUCACCCCACUUAGGCUUGUCACGCCUAAGAUUUUUGAGCUUGUGUAGUGCUCUUGUUUAAUUUUUCAGGUUUAUAUGAACUUAAAUUUCUUUUGUAUUAAUUUUUUUUUCUACCUUCCUCAAUUUGUUCUUAUGAAAUCAACACUCUUGAUGACA